UGGAAGCUGGACUACGUCAACAGGAGGAGAGGGGACCGUCCCAGACCUCCAGACGUCCUCCAGAUGUCCACAAGAGCAGAAGACUUCAUGCGUCCUUGAGAGCUUUCUGUCUCCACUGGGCUUCUUUGGGCAUCUUUUUGGGCAUCUUUGGGCAUGUCCCAUCCGUGCGUAAAAGCGACUUUGACAUAAGGAUACUAGACGUUUUACUCAUUUGUUUUCUCUCAAACUGCAGAAGAUGCUGGCAAGGAAAAGCAUCAUCCCGGAGGAGUUCGGUCUGCCGGGCCUGGCCUCCCGCAUGCCCCGCAAACCAGUGUUCAGGGACCGCGUAAACAAGGCGCGCUUCAUCGCCAAGAAUGGUUCCUGCAACCUGGCGCACAAGAACAUCCGAGAGCAGGGCCGGUUCCUGCAGGACGUCUUCACCACCCUGGUGGACCUGAAGUGGCGCUUCACCCUGGUCAUCUUCACCACCACCUUCGUCAGCAGCUGGCUGCUGUUCGCCAUGAGCUGGUGGCUGGUGGCGUUUGCUCAUGGAGACCUGACCUCCAGACCUCCAGACCCUGAAGACCUGGUCCUGUCCACCAAGAACUACUGUGUCACCGGUGUCAAGUCGUUCACCUCGGCCUUCCUGUUCUCCAUCGAGGUUCAGGUGACCAUCGGCUUCGGAGGACGAAUGAUAACGGAGGAGUGUCCGACCGCCAUCACCGUCCUCAUCAUGCAGAACAUCAUCGGACUCAUCAUCAACGCCGUCAUGCUGGGUUGUAUCUUCAUGAAGACGGCUCAGUCGAACCGGAGAGCGGAGACGCUGAUCUUCAGCCGUCACGCCGUGAUCGCCGUCAGAAACAACUGUCUGUGUUUCAUGAUCCGCAUCGGAGAUCUCAGGAAGAGCAUGAUCAUCGGAGCCACCGUCAGGCUGCAGGUGGUGAGGAAGACGACCACGCCAGAGGGGGAGGUGAUCCCCAUCCAUCAGAUCGACGUCCCCAUUGAGACCGCCGUGGCGAGCAACAGCCUGUUCCUCCUCGCCCCGCUCAUCAUCUGCCACGUCAUCGACAAAAACAGCCCGCUGUACGACCUGUCAGCCAUGGAGCUGCAGUGCAGCGACCUGGAGGUCAUCGUCAUCCUGGAGGGCGUCGUGGAGACGACGGGCAUCACCACGCAGGCCCGGACCUCCUACAUCUCUGAGGAGAUCCAGUGGGGUCACCGCUUCGUUCCCAUAGUAACGGAGGAGGAGGGCGUGUACUCCGUGGACUACUCCAAGUUUGGAAACACAGUCAAGGUAACGACGCCGCGCUGCAGCGCCAGAGAGCUGGACGAGAAGCCGUCCAUCCUGAUCCAGACGCUCCAGAAGAGCGAGCUGUCGCACCAGAACUCUCUGAGGAAGCGGAACUCCAUGCGACGCAACAACUCCAUGCGUAAAAGCGCAAGAAGCGGCGCGGGCAUGCGCCGGAACAACUCGGGCCUCCUCGCCUCGCCCAAAGUCCAGUUCUUCACGCCGUCCGAGGGCGGAGUUCAGGUUCUGAACGCCGUCACCUGACAUGAGGCCUGCCCCCUGCUGGCCGCCCUGCUCCUCCUGGCGGUGAGGAGGAUUGUGGGUGUUGCCGUUUCUCCGGCUCUGAUGGGACUCGUUCUCUUUCUGCCUCAUUUAGUCUCCCGACACUUUUUUUUAAGUGCAUGUGGAGUGAUUUAGUUCUUGUUUUAGAAUUAACUGAUCGUUUAUUUCUCCGCACUGAUGACGCCACGACAUCAAGUGUUUCAUUUUUGUUUUCUUCGUUAUCAUUAAAGCAAUAAUUACAAACAUUUGGGCCUUUAAGUCACAGUUUAACUACUAUGAGUGAGAAUCAAUCACUGUACUGUACGUGUGUGUUUUCACUUUAUAUCAUCCUUUGUGUUUGAGAAUAAAUGCACUCUCUUCAUCUGAA